AAAAACUGGACGGACUGCUGCUCGUGAAGUCGUCCUCUAUGAAUGCUGUUGCAAUUUAACGAAUUUGGCAAGUUGAUUUGUGAUUUUAGCUGUUUGGAAUUAAAGAAAAAAAGAGGUUUGUGAUCUACAGUUUACAGCCUAACCAUUAAACGACGGUUAAACGAUGACAUCCAGAGGGACACCCAGUCGCUUCUUGCAAAGUGUUCUCCAGAACGGUGUCGGUCGCUAUGUCUGCCAGCUAAAACGAAUUUCCAUCAUCUUCUCUAAAAACGCACAGAGCUCGUUGGGAGCCAGGGAGUUUGUUGAAGAAGGAGUGGUGGAUUAUGCCAAGAACAACCCUGGAACUGUGGUGUAUGUGUCUCCUCAGUCCUGCAGGAUUCCCAAAAUAGUUGCAGAGUACUUAAAUGGCAACGUGAGGGAAGAAAUUAUCACGUCCAAAACGUCUCCACAGAUUUCAGAGCUUUUGACCAAACUGACUAAUCAGUCUGGCCUGGACAUCAUUCGCAUCCGCAAGCCUUUCCACACAGAUAACCCCAGCAUCCAGGGCCAGUGGCACCCAUUCACCAACCGGCCGCCGUCCAUCGACCCCAUCAGAUCACAGAAACAGGACUAACCAGUGGUGUUUCCAGAGAAUGAGUGCUUAAUUUCAGUUCAUCUUUAAAGAUUUUUUUAGGAGAUGGUAAAUUGUCUGCACAGGUCAGGUAGUUCUCAUGACUGCAGUAAUAUUCCAGGGUAUUUGUUAGCUACUUCUGCAGAACCCCACUUUCAACUGAAUAUCUUUUACCCUGCCCUUCUAUUUGAUGGCUGCUGCAAAGCUACUUGAAACAGGCAGUACCAGCUCUGAAUGCCACAUUUGAAUACACUUUACAUGACUCCACCAGAGGAUGGUCAGCUGGAAUACUGAAAAGCAGGUAACAGGUGUUAAUCUCAAGGUUAUCUGUAAUAAAUGCAGCACUCAAGAGCAGAUGGAACUUUAUAUGAAAUAAAUAUUUUUUGUGC